CACCCAAAAGUUGCUUUAGUGUUGAGUCCGAAAGCCACAGACCUCAACACUAAAGCCAAGGGGAGGGGAGUACGCACCUGCUAGUACUUCAUCGAUCCAGUCCAAGAUGUUAAAGCUGUACUACAGCACGCCCCAGAGGCACCCUUGGUACCAAGGGGAGCUUCUAAAUCGGAUACAGGCGAUACAACGGGCAGGGAGAUGGAGGCCAGGCAGAAUUAUUCUCCAUUCCAAGGACGUAGCAUCCCUGUGAUGCAGUACUCGACACCACCCAAUAAGAAAAGAAGUUGUUUUCGUAAGUGCCUGUGUUGGACUAUCUGCCUGCUCUUGCUGCAAGUGAUUGUGGUUGCGAUCACCGGUGGAAUUUUAUACCUUGUGUUCCGACCAAAGCUUCCCAAAUACACGGUGAGCAAACUGCAGAUAACGCAGUUCAGUCUCAACUAUGAUCAGAGCUUCAGUGCUACAUUCAAUGUGAGCAUCACUGCCCGGAACCCCAACAAAAAGAUCGGCAUAGACUAUGAAGGCGGGAGCCGCAUAAGUUUGUGGUACACAAGCACUAAGCUUUGUGAAGGAGGUUUGCCUAAAUUCUACCAGGGUCACCGCAACACGACUCAACUUGUAGUACCACUCAGUGGACACACUCAAGAUUCAAAGGUCCUGCUCACCACACUCCUACAUCAGCAGCAACAAACUGGCAACAUUCCGCUCACUCUCAGGAUUCGGCAACCCGUAAGGAUUAAGCUUGGCAGCUUCAAGCUCCCAAAGAUCAAGUUUGUAGUCAGGCACAGGUUGUUGGUUGACGGUCUUUCAGAGAAAAACGAUAUUAGAAUUCAAAGCAGUAGCUGUAAGUUCAGGCUUAGGCUUUGAAGUUUCCCAAGAGAUGAUGCUUUCUAUCUUUUACAGCGUUACGUAUAUACAUACAUUAGUUGAUACUGUGUAUUC